AUGGCCGGCAUUGAGGAGUCUCUAACCCAGUUUCCAGCUGACCUUCAGAAUGUACCCGGAGGACAAUACUAUUUCGAGUCCUCAGGGGCAUCAGACGUUGUCACAUACAAUGGUACGGUGAGAGCCUUGGACUGGCCUGGCUUUCAGACCCCGGCCCUCCCCGACCAACUUAUCAAGCGCAUCAAACAUCUCCAACUCAUUACCGAAUCCAAGGACCACCUCGUCGCGCAGGAUCCGGCUCGGGGAAACUGGGCAUGGUUCGAGCUUGGCAUUGUCAGAGGCUCGGAAUCCAAUCCCAAUCAGGCAAACACAGAGGCUCUUUGUUGGAUGAGCCACGAGAAUGCUUUCAUGACGAAUGAGUUUGAAUGGAACGGAGACUUCAUUCAAGUGCGGCUAUGCUCUCGAUAUGGAAGCUGGGGUAUCAGAGCAAGGAAGGGCUAUUUGAUCUUCGACAUUGAGAAUGAGGGGUCCGCCUCGCCUGCAGACAGCGACCGCUGGGCCUGGGAACAACCUCGGGAUACAUCCACCAUGUUCGUCGCCGGUGCUGACGGCGCCGCAGAGAUCUUGAGAGGAUAUAACCGGCGACUAACGAUCACCUACCAAACCCUGGGCUCGUCCGGAGAAUCAAACGUCAGUAAUUUGGCCAACUGGGCAACGGACAACCAACCAGAGCCAUCUUUACUGAUCAUCAACCUGAACGAACCAUUUUCCACCUCCACUGUUCUCCGCACUCUGUCUGCUCUCCCCCAAAGUUUUUCAUUCCGUCCGAUAUUGGUUGUGGUUGACGCGGCAAAUCUGCCCUGGACGACAAGAGGCGCAGGCUUUCUUUCUUGGGAUCAAAUUGUCGAGAGCUUCUGGACCCUUCAAAGUACUCGCGGGGUUGAUUGCCCUUAUCACCUGCUCAUCCGUUUUGGCUACGAAGGGGCCAUCUACCAAGAUCCAAACAAUCAGCGCCACGAUCCAGUUCUCAUAUUUGAGCCACGGAGUGCCGAAGGUGAUUUCCUCAAGAAAACCCGAGCAGAAAAUCCGACGCAUCAGGAAGAGGAACUAGAGGCGACCGUGGACGCCGCAUUCAUGGCUGGUCUGGUCGCCUCCCUAGCCAAGGAAUCCAAGCGCUCGAUCGAAGAGCUAUGCGAGACGCAGAUCAAGGAAGCUGUGAUCAACGGGCUUCUGUGGUGCCGCCGCUCGGUAUCACCAAGGGCUCGCGGCGCAUCGAGAGAGCAGCUCUGGAAAAAACUGAUCUUAGAGACCGCACAUGAUCCAGUACUCAUCCCGUCAACUCCGCGGCGCCCCCAAUCAAACACGAAACCUCGAUCGUCUUUGAUCUUCCAAACACUUCCUUAUGAGCCCGCCGCCGAGGCCGCGACCGAAGUUGUGCUGAAGCCCGAUAUCACCGGCAAGGAAGAUUUGUUGCCCUAUGUCCCGAUCGCAUGCUUUGGAAAUAAUUUCAUUACCGCCGACCGGCGCGAGAUCGAAGACUUUCGGGAUCUUGCCCGUCAGGUCCAGGCGUACGUAAAGCAAGGCAGCAACGCCAGGCCGUUCCCUAUUGCUGUGUUCGGUCGACCCGGCUCAGGCAAGUCAUUCGGAGCCUCGGAAGUCAUAGGAAGCUUGCUUCCAGACGGCACGUCCGAGACACUUAAGUUCAAUCUUUCCCAGUGGCAGAAAGUUAGCGACUUCAAGUCGGCACUUCAAAAGGUCAAAGCAGUAGCAGAAAACCUGCUCCCCGUCGUGUACUUCGACGAAUUCGAUGCGAGUUUUAAGCAUCAGCCGCUCUUUUGGGUUCGGUACUUCAUGGAGCACUUAACUUCGCCCACUGGGAAGUGGCCCGGCUCCGAGACUGGGGUAUUGAGAGGCGCCAUUUACGUGUUCAUCGGGGGUACGGCCGAAACCUUCGAUGAGUUCCAAUUUCAGCCCAGCCCCAGAGUCAGAGAGCUCAUGGGCGGGGUUGGGGGGGGUGGCGGGACGGAGGAGGGUGGUCGUGUCGCUGAGGCUGUACGCGCUGGUUAUCCUCGGUCCUGCAUUCAUCUCAAGAAACAGAUCGACGACCAUUUCGGGCCUAAUACCAAACUGGAAACCAUCAAAUUCCUCGACACUGCGACAACCUACCAGCGUUUGGUGGAAGUUUUUCGCUGGGUACGGGACACUGACUCAGCAAACAAAACUGAAGCAAACCCCGCGACAGCCAAGCUUCCGGUUGUUUUCUUUGAGAACUUCGGCGCAUCCAACGGGAAAGAACCUCUCGGUUGGUUAAAGUUCUUCCUUUCUCCCAUGCAGGACGGGGAAUUCUUCGACCCCGGGGUAAAUGAAGGCGAGGAGGGCAGAGUGUGCAAGCUUGGACGCGCCAUCUUCGUCUUUAUAGAAGGAGACAUGGGCCAUUUCGACGGCUUCCUCGACUACCCGGACAUGCUCGACCUCUUCAAGCACGCCAAGGGUCCCGACUUCGUCAGCCGACUGAGCGGACAGGUUGACAACCAUGUCAUAAACGGUGACGCAAGUGCUGACUGCCUGCGUAAUGCCUUCGUACGCUACAAGGCAGGAACAUCCUCCAAGCCGCUCUCCAUCGGUGUCUUCCGCACUGACGAAACCUCGCGGAAAAAGUUUGCGGGGCUUAUGGAGGCCAGAAUCAACGUCCAGGGCCCAAACAAGGUUGACGACCACGACGAGAUGUUUGUGAUCCGGCGAGCGAUCAUGCUCCGUUAUAUGCUCAAGAAAGGCGGGCUCGAGGGAAAGCUUGCGCCUGGUAGCGAUGUGCUAAACGCACUGUUGCAGGUUCCCAGGCUGCGGCAUGGAGCCCGGUCGCUGGAAACCAUUUUGGCAAUGAGUGCUAUUCCUGCCGAGGGACAGACUUUCGUCGCGAGUCACCUGCCCCCGGACAGCCAGCUCAAACUGCAUGUGGAUCUGGAGUCCUUUAAGAAUUUCCUUGAACCAACUCCGCAACCAGAAGGAGAGGAGGGGCAGGAACGUGAGCGAGGUAAGCUUGGCGCAAGGGAAUGGAUAACCAUGCGGCGCGGAAGCGGCUUCAGAAGAGAAAACUUGUGUUGA